ACUUUGACCACCAACCGAGAGACGUAGGGAAUCCUGAAAGGCGGGACCGGAAGUGAGGCCACCGCUCCGCAAGGUGAAAGGUUAGCGGAAGUGGCCGCCUUUCCUUUCUGCUGGGAACCGCCUGCUAGCUGUUGAAAUGGGGAAGUUCAUGAAACCCGGGAAAGUGGUGCUCGUCCUGGCUGGACGCUACUCCGGACGCAAAGCCGUCAUCGUGAAGAACAUUGAUGAUGGCACCUCAGACCGCCCGUACAGCCAUGCCCUGGUGGCUGGAAUUGACCGCUAUCCCCGAAAAGUGACAGCUGCCAUGGGCAAGAAGAAAGUCGCCAAGAGAUCCAAGAUCAAGUCCUUUGUGAAGGUUUAUAACUACAACCACCUGAUGCCCACAAGGUACUCUGUGGACAUCCCCCUGGACAAAACUGUUGUCAACAAGGAUGUCUUUAGGGACCCAGCCCUGAAACGCAAGGCAAGGCGGGAAGCCAAGAUCAAAUUUGAGGAACGAUACAAGACAGGGAAGAACAAAUGGUUUUUCCAGAAGCUUCGCUUUUAGGUAUAUUUUUGUUUGCAUCAUUAAAAGUUUAAAAAAAAAAAAA